UGUGUGUGUGUGUGUGUGUGUGUGUGUCCGUGUGUGUGUGUGUGUGUGUGUGUGUGUGUGUGUGUGCAAUAAUGUUUUUUCUCUCUGCUGAGGCUUACUUCUCCAGCCUAUUGUUUGAGACAACAGAUAUAAGUUGCGAUGGGAGAGGAGCGUCGGAUUUGGUGUGUAUCCCCCAUUUCCAAUUAUAGAUGGAUCAUUACAGACGGCGCAGUCCCGAGAAGCCAGACAUCUGCCCCUCACAUGAAUGCACUCACCUCCUAGAGACCAGGCUGCCAUCAUGCUCUGGAAGCUCGUGGAGAAUGUCAAGUACGAAGAUAUCUACGAGGACCGGCACGAUGGCGUCCCGAGCCACAGCUCCCGGCUCUCCCAGCUGGGCUCGGUGUCCCAAGGACCCUACUCGAGCGCCCCGCCGCUGUCCCACACCCCGUCGUCGGAUUUCCAGCCGCCCUACUUCCCGCCCCCCUACCAGCCGCUCCCUUAUCACCAGAGCCAGGACCCUUACUCCCACGUCAACGACCCCUACUCCCUGAACCCACUGCACCAGCCCCAGCAACAUCCCUGGGGGCAACGGCAGCGACAAGAAGUGGGUUCGGAAGCCGGCUCUCUGCUGCCCCAGCCUCGGGCCGCCUUGCCCCAACUCUCGGGCCUCGACCCCCGGAGGGACUACCACUCGGUCCGCCGGCCGGACGUGCUGCUUCACUCGGCGCACCACGGCCUGGAUGCGGGCAUGGGUGACAGCCUUUCGUUGCACGGCCUCGGCCACCCCGGCAUGGAAGACGUCCAGUCAGUUGAAGAUGCCAGUAACAGCGGCAUGAAUCUAUUGGACCAAUCUGUCAUUAAAAAAGUUCCGGUUCCUCCCAAAUCUGUGACUUCUCUAAUGAUGAAUAAAGAUGGCUUCUUGGGAGGCAUGUCGGUCAACACCGGAGAGGUGUUUUGCUCGGUCCCGGGCCGCCUGUCUCUGCUCAGUUCAACUUCAAAGUACAAAGUAACUGUGGGAGAAGUUCAAAGACGACUCUCGCCCCCCGAAUGCCUCAAUGCGUCUCUCCUCGGUGGCGUCCUCAGAAGAGCCAAAUCGAAAAAUGGGGGGAGAUCUUUGCGAGAAAGGCUAGAAAAAAUCGGUUUGAAUUUACCCGCGGGCAGGCGCAAAGCAGCAAAUGUCACGUUACUCACCUCCCUGGUGGAAGGAGAAGCUGUUCACUUAGCUCGGGAUUUUGGGUACAUCUGUGAAACCGAAUUUCCCGCCAAAGCUGUUUCUGAGUAUUUGAACCGGCAGCACACAGACCCUAGCGACCUGCAUUCCCGAAAGAAUAUGCUGUUAGCUACCAAGCAACUUUGUAAAGAAUUUACAGAUCUUCUGGCGCAGGACAGGACACCGAUCGGGAACAGCCGGCCCAGUCCCAUCCUGGAGCCGGGGAUUCAGAGUUGCCUCACUCACUUCAGCCUCAUCACGCACGGCUUCGGCGCCCCGGCCAUUUGCGCCGCGCUCACGGCCCUGCAGAACUAUCUCACCGAGGCGCUCAAAGGCAUGGACAAGAUGUUCUUGAACAACACCACCACUAACAGGCACACGUCUGGGGAAGGCCCAGGUAGUAAAACUGGAGACAAGGAGGAGAAACACAGGAAAUGAAAAAAAUAAUAAUUUUUUUAAAGAAGGAAAAAAUGUUUUAAAUACAAAAGGAAAACAAAAAAAUUAAUUUUAGCUUUAAAUAUUGGAUUGGCUUUGGAAGAAUUAUAUUAGGUAGAAUACACAUACAAUCAAAAAUUUAAAAAGGAAGCUAAAUAACUUAAAAAAAAAAACUGAGGCAUACAACGGAGCAACAAUAUCUGUUCUCAGUGUCUGUUUCAAGAUUCUCUUGGAGACAACCGUCCGGAUUUUUCACUUCGGUUCUUUCGAGUUUAGUAUUCUGAUAAUAAAAGAAAACCAUGGUCCCCCUCCCCAACCCUCCCUUUUGGAAAAUAAACAUAAGACUAAAUAUG